CUUUCCGCCCAACCCAAAUUUGCUCCUCGCAAACUGAGGAAAACAUCAACGGCAGGACCCAGUACGAUGAGAUCGAGCGUCCUGGCUCUCUUUGUUUUCGGGGCCCUUGCCCGCUCGGCCUGGGCCACCGCCUUCCGAGAGUGGUACCCCGAGUAUGCGCCCAUCCUCCAGAACACGCUCGAGACGGUGUGCGCGGCCGAGUACCAUGCCUGGGCGGCGGGCUUGCCGGCGCCCCCGGACAGUUACGCAGCCAACGGCACGACCUCGGCUGGGCAAGCCGUGGUGCAAUGCAUCCUCUCGACCACGUCCGAGUUCAUGAAGUCCAACAUGGCCUCCGCCGCCGUGCUCCUCGGCAUCAUGCCCUUUGCCCUGUCGGUGCUCGGAUCCAGCAGCGAGGAAAGCGCGCUGCUGUAUGUCAUUGCGCGCCGGCCCCUCCUGACGACAUUACUGCUGGCGGGCGCUCCCGUCGUGGUCGCGCUGCGGCCGUUUGAGUACAAGGACCCCGUCGGCAUUCUCCGGGCGCGCGAGGGCCGAUUCUACAGCUUCAAGCUCGGGCCCGACUGGUUCGUCCUCCUGCUCGAGUACACGGUGGCUCUCGCGUCGGUCGCCAACGUAGUGCACGUCACGUACGGGCUCAGCGUCGGCGUGACGACCAUCAUCAUGCCCGACGCGAGCUACCUGCCGGGCCUGUGGGCGGUCACGGGCAUCGUGGUCCACGUCAUCGGCGCGCUGUGCCUCAAGUCGCGGCUGAAGCUGUUGACGCCUCGCGACGAGCCCAUCGUCAACGCGGAGUUCAUCCUCUCGGCCAAGAAGAACAUCACCGUCGAGACGAUCCCCGAGAACAAGGUCUUUCUGGCGCUGUCCUGGCUCACGUCGGUCACGACGACGUUCCACGUCAUCUUCGGCACCCUGGCCUUCUCGAGCAUGCAAUUCAUCUCGGUGCGGGAUGCUUUUGGCGUCAUCGGCCGCUUCACCGCCUCCGUCACCAUCUGCCGCGUGGUGCUCAUGUACGAACUCUCAGGGCUCCGAUCAUCAGUCGACGACGGGACGCAGGAGGCUCGACGGGACGGCGAUGGCCAGGAUCCCACCGAUAGUGUGAAAUACGGGCAGCGCAUCUUUACAUUUUCGCCAUGAGUGGGCAAAUAUGUGUUACGGGCGGCAUGGAGAGG